UAUGCUAUGGAUGAAUGUACUCUCUUUGCGCCUUUUUGUUGUUUCAUUGAAUUGACUCUUUCUGCCCGGCCAAUCAGGUUUUGUCUACCUCAUUCUUUGCUGCUGUACAGUGGUCCUCGCAACCUGACACCACGCUGGAGCCAUGCGGCAUCGUCAUUUUCGUGAUACCCUACCCUGGUGUCGUUUUGGUUGCGAUGCUUUUGAGGGCACCCACCCUAUUCUCGCUCUCCGCCCAGCUUUUCUGGCUAUCUGUCGUGCGCACAACAGGCAACCCUACGACGAGACCUCCCCUCUCCUUGACGACAAACUAUUGACCAUAUCAGGGAGGUUUUCGACUGUUGUCACGCUCGAGCCAAAUAUAUUAUUCAUUCGUUUACCCAUCGGAAAUUGGAAACUCGUCGUGCCCCUGCAAAAUGUGCGAGUGGUCGAUCAUAUAACGCACAUCAUCAUGCAAGCCCUGCACAGACGAUAUGGCAGCAUCAAAAUGACUGUCUGCCUGACCAUUCACAAGGCGAUCUCUUUUAACUCAUCGCUCGGAACACGAUUAUCUGAGCCCGGAAAAUUCUGCAUCGUCACGGUCGCCAUCACGAGGGCUGGUAGUGCCUCGGCGUAGUUGCUGUGGUGCCAUAUGAACUCGUGUGCGCGCUUCCAUGAUUUCCUGAUGAGUGUCUGCCACUUCUCCCGGGCAUCGCUGAAGUGAAGGACCUUGUCUGAGGGAUCGAUGCACGCCAAGAUCCCUACAAGGUAACAUCCGAGAGUCCAAGACUCGCAUUCAAGAGCUUCGUCGAUUAAAGAAAUACACCGCUCAAAAUGGCCAUCGAGGGUCAGACG